GUGUGUGUGUGCGGUUGACAUUCGAUUUACUUUCGCCAGAAAAAAAGAAGGCCGGAAAGAGGGAAGAAAGCAGAGGCGUAGCGCAGAGCACACUUUUUGGCAGCCUCUUCGCCACCGACUUCCGGUUUGCAUAUGUGUGGAUGUGCUGCGGUCGAUAUUUGCAUAAAUUAAAAAGAGCAUAAAAAGCAUAGAGAACAUAGAACAUAGCGGAUAGAGGAUAGAGGGGGGGGAGACAAGACACCAGCGACGGUUCGCUUAAUGAGUUUUUAAUACUCUGCCACGUUUCCACCUCUCUUCACUCUCCGGCGUGUUUGUGUGUGUGUGUGUGUGUGUGUGUGUGAACCAUUGCCACAGGAUUUGGGGACUCCUGCUAAUUUAUUGAGCCAGAGCCGAAAAGAGUUUAGAACGUGACUAAAACAGACACCAAAACCAAACCAAAGAAAACGCAAAAAGUAAAAGCGGAAGAAGCGGAAAAAAAAAACCUUAGGAAAAAGCAAAACUAAUUUGCACUUUGAACUGAAGUUCGUCCUGCGUCCUGCGGAAUUGUUGCUGCAAAAGUUUUUCCCCCCGGAUUUCGUUGGAAGACAACAAACAGCCCAAGUGCGAAGUGCUCUACUCGACUCGUUUCGAGGCGACUCCAGCUCUUAACGACUCCCGGGCGGCAUUGGCAUUGGCAUUGUCUGUCGGAACGGAGUUUCUUCCACACAAAAAGGUCCUGGGUCCGGGCUUUCGGGACAUUGGCAUUAGAUCGUGACGAGGCCUUUUACCCAAGCACUCAAUCGAAAGGAGAGGAAAGCAGCUUCCCAUUGAAGUCCUCCCCGCCCCCAAGAAAAAAGAAAAGGAAGGAAGAGGAAUACCGAAACGAAAUGUUGCCGCAUCAUCAGCGCCAUAAUAUGGCGGCUUCGGCGGCAGCUACGGUGGCAGUGCUGCUGCUGUUGGGCUGCUGCCUGAUGGCGCCGCCCACCGAGGCCCGUUCGAGUGACAAGGAGGGGCGCCGCAAUCGCAGCCGACAACAGGGAUCCGUGGCAGCCUCGGCAGCCAGCACCAAUGGCGCCUACUAUGGCGGCUCCUCCUCAUCGUCCUCCCUGACUGCCGCCAGCACUGGCUCUGGCUCUGGCUCUGGCACCGGCUCUGGCUCUGGCUCUGGCUCUGGCUAUGUGUUCAGCAGCAGCGCCUCAAUGGGCGGCGGCGGCGGCAGCACUGGCUACAACGGACCCAUGGACUCCACCGGUUUCUGCACCCGCAGGCGCGACAUGAAGCUGAUGUGCUACUGCACGCCCGACGAGAACCAUGUGCCCGUGCAGAAGGCCGAGUGCUGGGUGUUCUCCGAGGGACUGCACCAGAACGACACCACCUGGACGCGAUUCUACCAGCAGAAGCGGCUGCGCGAACUGAAGUUCGUGAUCCAGAACAACGCCCGACUCGACUACAUACCGACGAUGAUCAUUGAGCCGCUGAAGAACCUGAGCAGCAUCGUCAUCGAGUACUCGCAGGUGGAGAUUGUCAAGAGCUAUGCGUUCGCCAAUCUGCCCUUCCUCGAGAGGAUCAUACUGAACAACAACCACAUCAUGGCCCUCGACCAGGACGCCUUCGCCAAUCACAUCCGUCUGCGGGAGCUCAAUCUCGAGCACAAUCAGAUCUUCGAGAUGGAUCGCUACGCCUUCCGCAAUCUGCCGCUCUGCGAGCGUCUCUUCCUCAACAACAACAACAUCAGCACCCUGCACGAGGGCCUCUUCGCGGACAUGGCCCGUCUCACCUACCUGAAUUUGGCCCACAAUCAGAUCAAUGUCCUCACCAGCGAGAUCUUCCGCGGCCUGGGCAACCUGAAUGUCCUCAAGUUGACGCGAAAUAAUCUGAACUUCAUCGGCGACACGGUCUUUGCAGAGCUCUGGAGUCUGAGUGAACUGGAAUUGGAUGAUAAUCGGAUUGAGCGCAUCUCCGAGCGUGCUCUGGACGGCUUGAAUACAUUGAAAACUUUGAAUUUGAGAAAUAAUUUGCUUAAGAAAAUCGACAAUGGUCUGCUGCGCGGCACCCCAGCGCUGCUCUCCAUCAAUGUGCAGGCAAACAAAUUGGAAACGCUGACAUUCUACACGUUCCAGCCAAUUAUGGACAAUUUGGUUAACAGCACCAGUGAGCUGUUGGUGUCAGACAACAAAUUCAUUUGCGACUGUCGUCUACAAUGGAUCUUUGAAUUGAAAAAUCGCACACGUCACCUGCAGCUGCGUGACUCUCUGGACGAGCUCCUCUGCUCGCUGCCGGAGCCGAAGCUGUCGCAUUUCGUGGACCCAGUGCCCCCGAACAUCCUGGACGCGUUGAACGUGGGCGGCUUCACGGCCAUCGGCACGAACAGCGCCAGCAUGGGCGGCAUCGGCAACAGUGUGGUGGGCAGCAGCUACAGCAGCCUGGACGACCUGAGCAUCGGUGGAUCCUCCCGGAAGCACUCCUCGAGCAAGUCCCGCCAGGCCUUGCGCGGACAGCGCCAGUUCGCGGCCGAGAAUGUCGUCGAGGGCAAGAUGCGACGCAAGCGGCAGCAGGAGAAGCAGCAGCAGCAGCAGCAGCAGCAGGAGCUGGAGCUGGAGCUGGCCAAGGGGCAGCUGGCUGCAGUGGCGCCCACCCACAAGCGGUACGACUACUACGACGACGUCAACGGGGGACUGGGACUGGCUCUGGGCCACGAUCUGGACGACAAUCUGAAUCUGCACAAGCAGGGCGGCUCCUUCUACAGCCCCGGCACGGCCACCGGAACGAAUCACAACGAUGUGGAGGUGCUGAUGGGACCACACCAGUCGCCCACCAGUGGCGGCGACUCGCUCGAUGCCCUGGCCAACAAGAACACGAUCAAUGUACGACUCUUCCUGCUGAAGCCCGAGAUGCUGCCCUGCCACGACGAGCUGAGCGAUCCCACCGAGCUGCCCCUGUCGCGCGAUCUCAUGGAUGUGCGCAGCAAUGUCCAGGACUCGCCGUUGAGCGGUGCCCCGCGGCAGGACCUGCUCUCGGGACUGAUCCUCCUCUGCCUGCUGGCGGUGGCGGUCAGUCGGGGUUGAUUCGGCCACGAACUCUGCUCGUUCGCGAACGCUUCUGUAUUCUGCAUUCGGUUUGGUUAUUCAUUGUACAUACUCGAGAGCCUUCAUCUUCGGAGUGGAGGAGGAGCGGGUGGAGUAGCAGGAGGAGUGGCAGGAGGAGGAGGAGGAGGAGUAAACGCAAAUAACCCUUUGGAAACGAGCUUCAUGAAACACGAGCGAUAUAAGCCUAAAGAGCAAACAAACGUCUUGUAAAUAUGUAUGUAAAAAACGAAACAAAAUUCGAUUGAAGAAAACCUACUACUAUAAUCCUAGCUAAUGUUAGCUGUAAUGUUACGACUACUCGACUUUCGAUCCUAAAACUAGAAAAACUUGAGCUCCAAAAACUUUAGGAACAGCAACAGCAACAGAAAAACCCAACAGCAACAGAGAAUCCCAUAAAAGCAGAAACUUCUACGAAACCGAAACCGAAACCGAAACUGAUUGAUUGAUUGAUUGAACCUCCGAGCAAACUGGCGUUUCAUUUAAAGAGAGAAAAACUCUAACUAAAAAAGAAAAAAACUAU